AACAAUGAGUGCUGUCACACCCCGGCUCACGACAGCAGAUCAGAAACAAUUGUGUGAACUUUUGGGGAAAGUGAACUUCCAUUUACUUUACAAAGCGAGUGUUCACAGUUUCCGCCUUGCUUCUCUCUAUGAGAAAUGUGGGAAACAAGGAUCAACAAUAACUGUCGGGUACAACAAGUCGGGUUUUAUUUUUGGAGGUUACAGAACAAAAGAUUUUGCUAUCGGGUCUGAGGUGGAUAAUAAGGCUUUCCUUUUCCGACUGAACACGGAUGUACCGGGAGGAAAGCCAUUGAAGUUUCCUGUGAGACAAGAUGCUGUGGCAGUCAGUGAUCAUUACAAACACGAUCCAAAUUUCGGAAACAGUCUUGUAUUUAAGGUUAAUGCUGAAAAGGUUGAGUUGAGAUCUGAUGGCUCCUACAGUGUUACAAAUGGUGCCCUGUUUGGCCAAGAUGAAGACCUUGUUGAACUUGAAGUUUACUGGGUGGAAGAGAUAAAAGCUCCCUGGAGGAACAUAAACUGGACAAAAGAGAGCAAGCAAGAACUGCUGAAAUUCAUCAUGGAGUAUCAACCAUUUGCCAGCUCUGUCUCAAAGGCGCGGGUUUUACUAAUUGGGCCAGUUGGAGGAGGCAAGUCUAGUUUUGUCAACUCUGUCAAUUCGGUUUUCCGUGGUCAUGUCACCAAUCGGACUCAGGUUGGAAGUGGACUGAGAAGUACGACCACAAUGUAUUCGACAUACUCCUUCAGAAAUGACACUCCUCCUUUGAUCCUUUGUGAUACAAUGGGACUUGCAGAAGACACUGCGCCAGGGCUGCAUAGUGAUGAUAUUAUCAGUAUCAUCAAAGGUUAUAUUCCGAACAAGUAUAAGUUUGCAGCUUAUUCACCAUUCAAAGCUGGUGACAUAUCACCAAGAGCUAUUAAUGAGAAGAUACAUUGUGUUGCAUAUGUGAUUGAUGUGAGUAAAACCCCUGUGCUGUCCCCUGAAAUGAAAAUGAAAAUCCGUGCCAUUCGAUCAAAGAUUGAUGAAUUGGAGGUUCCACAGAUUGUCUUACUAACAAAAGUGGAUGAAGAAUGCCCUAUGGUUGGAAAUAAUGUGAAAACUGUCUACUGGAGUGAGCUCAUUGAAAAAAAGGUGAUGGAACUUGGAAAACAGCUUGGUAUUGCAGUUUCAUUCAUAAUUCCUGUGCAAAAUUAUUGGUCAGUUCAUGAGCUUCAUUAUGCUACAGAUAUUUUAAUACUCUCUGCUGUGGUACAGAUGUUACGAUUUGCAGAUGAUUAUUUUGAGAAUUCUGUUUAG